AUGUUGCGGCCAUCUCUAUUGCUCCGCUUUGCUGGGGCGCCGUCAGUGCGCUCUGCUUCGCAGGGGGCGGCACUCUCUCUUUCUCGACCCGCUCGCGCCGCAUCCUCGGACCCAGCGCCGUAUUCGGCUGUGUCCCGCGCGUCUUCGCCUUCUACUUCGCCCUCAGGCGAAUCGAUUUCAGACAAAAUCUACCGGUGGCUAGACAUCACUGGAUUUCUCACGCGCUGGAACAACAGGAAAGAGUGGCUUUUGGACAUUCCGGCGUUCGGACGCCAAGGCACCCCCCUCGUUACUGAAUUCGAGAGGAAACAGGAAAUGUUUGUCAGUUUGAAUGCGUUCGUUAUCUCUCUUUUCGCGCUGUACCUGGGUUUCCAGGGAAUGAGUCACCUGAGCUACAAGGGCCCUACGCCGUCUUACGAAGGCUUUCCGGGAGUUGAUGGCCGUAAGAAGGACUUCACCAUGAUGAGCCGAUUGUGGUUCAUCGAGCCUAAGGAACGCUGCAAAGACUGCAGAUGGCUCGACCUGGAGUGCAAGAAGGAGUGCUUUGCUCGGCUGAAGGCAGAGGGACACAAACUCUAUGUAAAUGGAGGGAAUCCCUUGUCUGUGCCUAGAGCGAAGCUGGAGCCUCCGCAUUUCCAUUAA